AUGCCCUUCAAUACUGCUCUGACCCGUAAACUCGGGAUCAAGGUGCCGGUCGUCCAAGGAGAGCUCGCCAGUGCCGUCUCAAAUGCAGGAGGCCUCGGAAUCUUGACCGCAUUGACACAACCAACCCCCGAAGACUUGAGAAAGGAGAUUCGAAGAUGUCGAAAGAUGACCUCGAAGCCUUUUGGUGUAAACUUGACUCUUCUGCCCGCCCUCCAGCCUCCGGACUACCCUGCCUACGCACGCGUCAUCAUCGAAGAAGGCAUCCGAAUCGUCGAGACAGCAGGCAACAACCCUGCACCCGUCAUCAAGCAAUUGAAAGCCGCCAACCCUCCCAUCAUCAUCCUACACAAAUGCACCACCGUACGUCACGCCUUGUCUGCCAUCAAGCUCGGAGUCGACUUCCUGAGCAUCGACGGAAUGGAAUGUGCUGGACACGUUGGCGAGACGGAUAUCACAAACUUCAUCUUGCUCUCGAGAGCUCGUCAGGAACUCAAUGUUCCCUUCAUUGCCUCAGGUGGAUUUGCCGAUGGCCAGGGUCUUGCUGCCGCACUUUCCUUGGGUGCUGAAGGUAUCAACAUGGGCACAAGAUUUAUGUGCACCGUAGAAGCUCCCAUCCACCAAAACAUCAAGGAGUCGAUUGUCAAGGCACAAGAGACGGAUACCGAACUGGUUCUUCGACGAUGGAAGAACACUAGCAGAAUGUUCUCGAACAAGGUUGCAAGAGACGCUAUCAAGAUUGAAAGAGAGAGCCCAACUGGUAAAUUCGAGGAGGUCGCCCCAUACGUCAGUGGAAAGCGAGGCAGAGAGGUCUUCUUGAAUGGAGACCCAGAACACGGUGUAANNGUGUGGACCGCUGGCCAAGUCAUUGGCUUGAUUCACGACAUUCCGACAUGUGCAGACCUUAUCACACGCAUCGAGCGCGAAGCUCUGGAGACCAUCAACAAGGCGAAAUCGCUAUAUGUUGAUGAGCUCCCCGAGAGCGAUAUGGAAGGGAAGCCCAUCCAGGAUCCCUCGGCCAACCCAAAGAGUGAGCACGGCACUGUGGAACCAAAAGAGAACAAUCCUGAGGCUCAACUUUGGGGAAUCGGCAAGAGCAAACUUUAG